CCAGCGCGCACGCGCGCCGCUCCGGGCGCUGAAAUUCAAAUUUGAACGGCCGAAGGAGGUAGAGUCUGACACUGGGAGCUGAGGGAAGAGGAGAGUUGGUUGUGGGAGAAUUCCUGUGCCUGACUCCUUGUUUUCUCCAGGAGACACACUGAGCCCAGACUCACUUUUCUUUUCCUGAAUUUGAACCACCGUUUCCAUUGUCUCGUAGUCCACACGCGAAGCCUGGGGCGAUGGACCCCUUUACCGAGAAACUGCUUGAGCGAACCCGUGCUAGGAGAGAGAAUCUUCAGAGAAAGAUAGCUGAGAGGCCCACAGCAGCACCAAGGUCUGUCACUCAUGCUAAGCGAGCCCGAGAGCCACUUUCAGAAGCAAGUAACCAGCAGCCCCUAUCUGGUGGUGAAGUGAAAUCUUGUACAAAGCCAUCACCAUCAAAAAAACGUUGUUCUGACAGCACUGAAGCAGAAGUUUCUGAUGUGGAAAAUAAACAACCAGUUGAGUCAGCGACUAUAAAACCUUGUUCUCCAAGUCCUGUAUCUCCUCAGGUGCAGCCACAAGCAUCAGCUAUUGUCAAUGAUUCUGUGGCUGUUCCAGCAUCAUUGCUGGGCGUGGGGAGAGGGCUGAAGUCAAGAUUGGACACAACCUCAGGCUCCUCAGUUAAAACACGAAUGCAAAAACUCGCAGAGCAGCGGCGACAUUGGGAUAAUGAUAUGACAGAUGAUAUACCUGAAAGCUCACUCUUAUCAUUGCCAUCUGAGGAAAAGGCAGCCUCGCCUCCCAGACCACCCCUUUCAGAUACUUCAGCAACCCCACUUGGGAGAAGGGGCCGUCUGGCCAAUCUUGCUGCAACAAUUUGCUCCUGGGAAGAUGAUGUAAGUUACUCAUCUGCAAAGCAAAACAGUGUACAAGAACAGCCUGGUACUGCUUGUUUGUCCAAAUUUUCCUCUGCAAGUGAAGCAUCUGCUAGGAUCAAUAGCAGCAGUGUUAAGCAGGAAGCUACAUGCUGUUCCCAAAGCGAUGGGGAUGCCUCUUUGAAUAAAGCCCCAUCCUCUAGUGCUGCUGAUGAGUCUUUGGCUACAGCCUCAAUUUCCAGCUCUUUGAAAUCUACUUGUUCCCCAGCGAAAUAUUCUACAUCUAUCACCAGUGCUAAAAAUUGUGAGGUACAAAAUCCUGAGCUACUUCAAAAAACUUCUGUUAGUCCUCUGAAAACAGAGGUAUCGAAAUCAAUUGUGAAGCCAACUUUAUCCCAGACAGUUCCAUCCAAAGAAGAACUAAAAUCAGAAAUUUGUCUGCAGUCUCAAUCUAAAGACAAAUCUACAACACCAGGAGGAAGAGGAAUUAAGCCUUUUCUGGAACGCUUUGGAGAGCGUUGUCAAGAACACAGCAAAGAAAGUCCCUCUCAUAGUACACCCCAGAGAACUUACGUUAUCACUCCAAAUACAAAGGCCAUUCAAGAAAGAUUAUUUAAGCAAAACGCAUGUUCAUCUACUACCCAUUUAGCACAACAGCUCAAGCAGGAACGUGAAAAGGAACUAGCAUGUCUUCGUGGCCGAUUUGACAAGGGCAACUUAUGGAGUGCAGAAAAAGGCGAAAACUCGAGGAGCAMACAACUAGAAACAAAGCAGGAAAUUCACAGUCAGAACACUCCCCUCAAGAAACAAGUAGUCUCAAAUACCCACUCAUUUCCAGACAAGGUAACAGAAAAUCAGAUACCAGCAAAAACCUCUAGUACAGAACCUACAGGUUCUACUGAGUGCAAAAUGACGAAAUCUAGUCCUUUGAAAAUAACAUUGUUUUUAGAAGAGGAAAAGUCCUUAAAAGUAACAACAUCAAACCCAAACGUUGAACAGCAGACUGAAGUGGUACGUGAAAUUGAGUUGAGUGUGGAUGAUGAGGAUGAUAUCAACAGUUCAAAAGUAAUUAAUGAUAUCUUCAGUGAUGUCCUUGAGGAAGGUGAGCUAGAUAUGGAAAAGAGUCAAGAGGAGAUGGAUCAAGCAGAAGCAGAAAGCAAUGAAGAGCAGGAAGAUGCAUUGAAUAUCUCCUCAAUGUCUUUACUUGCUCCGUUAGCACAGACAGUUGGUGUGGUAAGUCCAGAGAAUUUAGUUUCCUCACCUAAAUUGGAAUUGAGAGAUACUCAUGCAAGCGAUGAGAGUCCAAAACCAGGAAAGUUCCAGAGAACCCGUGUUCCUCGAGCUGAAUCUGGUGAUAGCAUUGGUUCUGAAGAUCGAGAUCUUCUUUAUAGCAUUGAUGCAUAUAGGUCUCAAAGAUUCAAAGAAACAGACCGUCCUUCCAUAAAGCAAGUGAUUGUUCGGAAAGAAGAUGUUACUUCAAAAUUAGAUGAAAAAAAGAAUGCCUUUUCAGGUCAAGUUAAUAUCAAACAGAAAAUGCAGGAACUCAAUAAUGAAAUAAAUUUGCAGCAGACAGUGAUCUAUCAAGCUAGCCAGGCUCUUAACUGUUGUGUUGAUGAAGAGCAUGGGAAAGGGUCCCUAGAAGAAGCUGAAGCAGAAAGACUUCUUUUAAUUGCAACUGAGAAGAGAACGCUUUUGAUUGAUCAGCUGAAUAAACUGAAGAAUGAAGGGCCUCAGAGGAAGAAUAAGGCUGAUUCCAUAUUCCAGAGUGAAUUUGUCCCAUCCAAAGGAUCAGUUACUUUGUCAGAGAUCCGCUUGCCUCUAAAAGCAGAUUUUGUGUGCAGUACAGCUCAGAAGCCAGAUGCAGCAAAUUACUAUUACUUAAUUAUGCUAAAAGCAGGAGCUGAAAAUAUGGUAGCCACACCAUUAGCAAGUACUUCAAACUCUCUUAAUGGCGAUGCUCUGACAUUCACUACUACUUUUACUUUGCAAGAUGUGUCCAAUGACUUUCAAAUAAAUAUUGAAGUUUAUAGCUUGGUACAGAAGAAAGAUUCCUCAGGUGCUGAUAAGAAGAAAAAAACAUCUAAGACCAAGGCUAUUACUCCAAAAAGACUCCUCACCUCCAUAACCACAAAAAGCAACCUUCAAUCUUCUGUUAUGGCCAGUCCAGGAGGUCUCAAUGCUGUGCGUACCAGCAACUUUGCUCUUGUUGGAUCUUACACACUGUCAUUAUCCUCAGUAGGAAACACUAAGUUUGCUUUGGAAAAGGUACCCUUUUUGUCUCCUUUGGAAGGUCAUAUUCAUUUAAAAAUAAAUUGUCAAGUGAAUUCAAGUGUUGAAGAAAAAGGUUUUCUAACCAUAUUUGAAGAUGUUAGUGGUUUUGGUGCCUGGCAUCGAAGAUGGUGUGUUCUUUCUGGCAACUGUAUCUCUUAUUGGACUUAUCCAGAUGAUGAGAGGAGAAAGAAUCCCAUAGGAAGGAUUAAUCUGGCCAAUUGUACCAGCCAUCAGAUAGAACCAGCCAACAGAGAAUUUUGUGCAAGACGAAAUACUUUUGAAUUAAUUACUGUUCGACCACAGAGAGAAGAUGACCGAGAGACUCUCGUCAGCCAAUGUAGGGAUACACUCUGUGUCACAAAGAACUGGCUGUCUGCAGAUACUAAGGAAGAACGGGAUCUCUGGAUGCAAAAACUCAAUCAGGUUCUUGUUGAUAUUCGCCUAUGGCAACCCGAUGCUUGCUAUAAACCUAUAGGAAAGCCUUAAAAAUGUUUCUGUACCAUUUAGAGGUUUUUUGAGUUGUGUCAUAAAUGUAUUUUAAGAAAACACAUUUAAGAGCAUCAGAUUUACUGAUUGCAUUUAAUGCUUUAAAUAAGAGGGUUUGUGCAAAUAUUCACUACAUAUUAUGCAGUAUUUAUCUUUUGUAUGUAACAACUGAUUUCUCAUCUUUCAUUCAUAAGUAAUUGAUAAAUAAUUGGAAGGCAAUUCAUUAUAAUUGACUUUUCGUAAUCCAAAUAGAAAAAUUUCAUUUUCCUAGAAAUUUAAUUAACCAGUUAUUUAUGACAAUUUUUUUUUUUUAAGUUAGAAAUCCUGAGUUAUCUUCUUGGAGCUAUGAGCCUCCAAGUAGCAAGGUCUUCCAGGGGUUAGAGAAGGAAACCUCUGGUUUGGUGAUCCCUUCUCUAGCUUUGGUAGUUUUUUGAAAGCUUGUUACCAGCAUAAUGAAAAUUUUUUUUUUUCUAAAGUACUUUAUGGAACAUUUUAAAAAAUGGAGAUGAGAACUUUUUCAAAUAGCAAAUGUAUGUUAGUUUAAAGCUUGAGGCUGCAUUUAAAAAAGAAAUAUAGGGAGCAUUUUGUGAUAUUUGGGGSUUAAAUAUUUUAUGUAGAAGAGUU